GGCAGCGUCGAGUCGCAUUCAACUAUUCAAGGACCAGGACUACAGAAAAGGUUCCACCUUCAAGAAUCCAACCAUGGCGUUUCCAAAUGGUCGGGUUACUCUCUCUAAGAUAUCCCCUAUUUGCUGCCGGCUCCUUUCUUCUCCAAUCCUCUGCGCGCCUUCUUGCUCUCCUAUCCGGCAUGUCCGAACACCCCAUUUCUCUGCAGUAGCGCGGUACUCAUCUCCUUCUUCUCCUCCUCCUCGUUCGUCUUCCUCUGGUCCUAAGAUGACCCAUGAUGGUAAUCGGUGGAGGCCCAUGUGUUUGUACUACACGCAAGGAAAAUGCACCAUGAUGGAUGAUCCCGCGCACCUAGAAAAAUUCAGCCAUGAUUGCUCUAGGGACCUCCAAGUGAAUGCUGCUGAUGCUGAGCACAAGUGCUCCCAGGAGAUAGAUUUUUUUCUGGUGCUUGAUUUGGAAGGGAAGGUCGAGAUUCUUGAAUUUCCGGUCUUGAUCAUAGAUGCUAAAACUUUGGCCGUCAUAGAUUUUUUCCACAGGUUUGUGAAACCCACCAAAAUGAGUGAACAAGCAAUAAAUAAAUAUAUUGAAGGCAAAUAUGGGAAAUUUGGUGUUGACAGGGUAUGGCAUGACACGGCUCUUCCAUUUAAAGAAGUGCUUCAACAGUUUGAAGCUUGGUUGACUCAGCAUCAUUUGUGGGGAAAAGAUCUAGGUGGAUGUCUUACUCGAGCUGCAUUUGUAACUUGGUGAGUCUCACAACAUUUGAAGUGUGUUUUUUCCAGUUUUCUGACAAGUCCUAUCCUGUUGCUACUAGUGGGAAUUGGGAUUUGAAAACAAAAGUUCCUCAGCAGUGCAAGGUGUCAGGAAUCAAGCUUCCGCCAUACUUCAGGGAGUGGAUCAAUCUAAAAGAUAUAUACCUAAAUUUUUAUGGACGUGAGGCUACUGGAAUGAUAUCAAUGAUGAGGCAGCAAGGAAUUCAAUUGUUAGGAAGUCACCAUCUUGGUCUUGAUGAUGCAAAGAACAUAGCAAGGGUAUUGCAACACAUGUUGGUUGAUGGUGCAAUUAUGCAAAUUACUGCUAGGAGGAAUCCUGAUUCCCAAAAUGUUGAUUUUCUUUUUGAAAAUCGUAUCAGAUGAUAAUUCUUGGAAGAAAUGAUGGUUCCAUGAAUAUUUGAGAGGGGGGUUGGACGGCUUCUCUUGUGAUUCUAUGUAUAACACAGCAAAGUCCAAAACUUGGGAGGUGGGGUGUCAAGGGGAGCCUAGAAAACAGAGGAUGAAAAGUAAAAGACUUGUCUUUCAGGACCCUGAAUGUGAAAUUCAAUCAUUCUAUUGGUCUAUCCUUGCUUCCAGGAUCAUAGCAAGGUAACUGUGACCGUCACAAUCUCUUUGAUAGCAAAGAAGUUGUGCAAUUUUCAAUGUUAAUGCAUUGAUGCAAAGUAAUGAUCCUUGCAUUCUUGAUCCAAAGUUGGAACGUGGAAUGUGAUGGUAGUUAUGCGGCUGUUCCUAGUGUUUCCUUGAUCCAGUAUGUACUUCAGACUAGUUCCU